AUGGAACUUGAACCAAGUGCGACUUUGAUUGCCUGGCUUAACGUGACAAUCCCUUCGGCUCGUUUCAAGGUUCUCGCUCAUGACAAGCGCCUGGAGCUACUGGAUGCCGAGACUCAGCGUUUCCAAUCGAUAGGGCCUUUCUUCGGACGCCAGCGCAACGCGUACUGCAGAUGGUGCAGCUUGCCACCAGAAGUCCUCUGUCUUGUCUUUGAGAUGGCGCAGGAGCUGUAUGGUUGGCCUGUGGUAAUGCCGGCGCUCCCAUCUGGGACCAACGAAGGAGAGCAUGCGAUCAAGAACGGGGGCGAUUAUCAGCCCGGGUGGAUAGUCGUUACUCAUGUAUGUUCGAUCUGGAGGGAGGUUGCGAUCGGUUCAGCUAAACUCUGGGCAGACCCGGACGAUAUGCUCGCCAUGUCAUGGACACUGAUGUCUAUGGUCAUACAAAGAUCUCAGAGCCUUCCUUUUAGCCUCUGCCUGUCGGGAGAUAGCUAUGGUACCUUAGCCCGCAUGGACGCCAGGCUGCCCCUGUGUUUUGCGCCGCCUAUGUACGGGCGUCUUCAGCAUUUGAACCUCGGAGAAUUUACCCUCCCAGCGUAUAAGCGCGUGGCUGGUCAUCUAGACGCAGCUCUACCGAACCUACGGACACUGCGUGUUGACCUUUGUUUGGAGGAGACAGAGGACGCCCCGAGACUGCCUUCCGGCAUAGAACUGAGUGCAUCUUUGACCGCACUCAGUCUCCAGAACUGUCUCCCACCCCGUUGGGACGACUCCUUCUUCAGCGCAAGGAUUCAACGCCUUACUUUGCAGUACCCCGAGACUUCAACCGCCAUUCUUCCGUCAGCCAUGCAACUCGCAAACACUCUUAUGUCUCUGAAGUCUCUGGAGGUUCUUACUGUCGUGGAUGCUUUCCCGGACAAGUCAUCGCUGGACGAUUCAUAUCCUACCAUCAUUCUACCCACAUCACUUCGCUUCUGCGAAGUGACAGCUUCCGAAUACGCUACACGUCAUCGCGCCUGCUGCGAAUUCCUCGCACACGUCGUCUUCCCCUGCAACGUGGAACUCAUCAUCGAGAUCAACGAUCCCGACGACGUCAGCUCACUCAGUGAGAAUGGCCCGCCGACCCUCGCUUUGACGGCUAUCCAGAGUAUCUAUAGUCGUUUGCGCCCCGUAAAGGCACUCGUUGUCUCAGAUACGGCUUUCCUCACACAUGGGAACAAGCCGUCGGAGUCAUGGCGGGGUCAACUCAUAGAAACGACGUACGGCAUGUUCUCCAUCUUGAUGCCCGGCAUAGAAUCGCUACUCGCUUUCUCCUUCGAAGCUCCUGGCGUCCAACCUCUGGCCGCAUUUGGGCUUCCCAUACCGCUAGACGACCUUACUUCCAUAAGUCUCACCGCUGAAGGGGUCGCCAUUGUCUACGACAGCCCCGUGUGGUGGGACGCUUUCGAGACAGCAAAAGGCGUACGCACGUUAGGUCUUUGCAUAGACAACUACGCAGCGGUGCUGCGACUGGCCGAGCGCAUCAUGGAACGUGACGGCACGCGCCAUCCGUUCUUCCCGAACUUGGACAGCAUAUGCAUCACUGUUCAAGAUGGUCGCAUCGCGAAGGAUCCGCAUCACCGCCCAUCCUUCGAGCCGGCUCUACACGCUCUCGUGGCACUCGUGAAGGACAGGAAUGCCACCGGCCCGUGUAGUGUCAAGGACAUUGUGGUCGACAAGUAUCUUCGUGAUUGGUGGACCUGGGAUGCGUUCGCGAUCUAUGCUCAAGUAUCCUUUGAUGUGUUUCUUGUAGGAAACCGCACUAGAUAA